UCCUGAUAUCCGAUCCUCAUUGACUCGCAUAUGGUUUUCUCCAUGAGUUUCCAUGUUUAUGUUUUUUACUCGAAUUUAAUUGUAAACUUUUAUGUAAAUAAAUUAUGAACUGUGCAACCCGAACUUAAUUUUAUGUGAUUCUGUGUCUGCUGAGUAAACGUGACCAUCUCCGUUGUAAUCAUGUCGAAUGAUAAAAAUGGAAACCAACAAAAGCAGAAAGAGUCCGUCAAACCAGGACUAAAUAGUCAGGGAAAAAACGAUUCAAAUAAUGAACCUAACUCCAAAGAUCCAGUGACUGAGGAGCAUUUGAAAAACUUUCCUGAACGUCGUGGAGGUUCGAUAUACCAUACAAGUUUACUUAACGAUCAUAAGUCUCAAAGGGAAAUGUGUGAAUACCAAGUACUGUCUGUAAUCAAGAAUUAUCCAUUGAUCAAACUCUUGGAACGGGCUAUGAAGGCUCAUGGGUGUGAACUUGACUAUCGGCGUCAUUUCAGCUGUGAACCAUGUGUUGGUAAAAUGACUGGAGGAUAUGAUAUUUUUUUCAAUCAAAUUGUUGUCUGUUCCAACAAAUAUAUGAGUAAAGGACAAUUUAUGGGAACAAUCGGUCACGAGAUGAUUCACAUGUACGAUGCAUGCCGAGCUAAACUGGAUUUUACUAAUCCCGAACAUGUUGCUUGUACUGAGAUUCGAGCAGCUAAUCUGAUGCAUUGUUCCAUCCCUGGAUCAAUUUAUAAAGGCACAACUCCUCUGUAUCGUUGGAGUGAUACACAAAAGGAAUGUGUUCGAGAAAAGGCUUUUCUAUCUCUAAUAGCAUCGCUCCCAGAGCUAGAUCACUCGGAAGCGUAUAAAACUAUCGAUAAAGUAUUUGAAAGAUGCUACAAUGAUAUGGAUCCAUUCGGACGACAUAUUCAAAACUUUAAAGAUUCUUUAUAUGCAUACCGUGAACGUUUCCUCUAUGGGUAUCCUUAAUCUAAUUAAAUUUGUUACAAAUUUUUAAUUUAAGUAACGGCUUAAUACAAGUAAUGUUAGACUAUGCCAAGAGUGUUAGAGCAUAAAUUCUGAGUGAGUUGUAUCAAUUCUGACCGUGUAUUUAAUAAAGGUAGGAAAAUAUUUCAA